GCGCCCCGGCACGGCCCCCGCGCCGCGCCCGCGGAGCCGCCGCUCGCCAUGGGCUCCCGCCUGUCCCUGGACGACUCCGUGCGGGUCGUGGUGGUCGGGGGCGGCUUCGGAGGGACGGCGGCCGCCAGCCUGCUCAAGUCCUGGGCCGUCCCCUUCGUGCUGGUGGACGUGAGAGAUGCUUUCCAUCACAACGUGGCCGCGCUCCGGGCCGCCGUGGAGAGCGGAUUUGCCAAGAAGACUUUCAUCUCCUACUCGGUCACCUUUGGGGACAGCUUCCGACAAGGCAAGGUCGUGGCCAUAGACCCUGGGAGGCAACAAGUCGUGCUCAGUGAUGGUGAGGAGCUUCACUACUCCCAUCUCAUUCUUGCAACAGGCAGUGAUGGGCCAUUCCCUGGGAAGUUCAACCAAGUCAUUGACAUGGAAAGCGCCAUCCAGACCUAUGAAGACAUGGUUAAAGAGAUUGAGAAAUCUCAGCGCAUCCUGGUAGUGGGAGGUGGCGCUGCUGGAGUGGAGAUGGCUGCUGAGAUCAAAACGGAGUACCCGGACAAAGAGGUCAUCCUCAUUCACUCAAAAACUGCACUGGCUGAUGUGGAGCUGCUGCCCAGUGUCCGUCAGGUGGUGAAAGAGAUUCUCCUCAGGAAAGGAGUCCGGCUGCUGUUAGGUGAAAAGGUCAGCGACAUAGAAAGCCUCAGGCCAAACCAGUUCCAGAAAGACAUGGUAGUGAGGACAGAGAAGGGCACCGAGGUGGUUGUUGACAUGGUGGUGCUGUGCACAGGGAUAAAGAUUAACUCUUCUGCAUAUGCUGCUGCAUUUGGUGACAAAAUGGCAAGUAAUGGUGCUCUGAAAGUUAACAAGCACCUCCAGCUGGAAGGCUAUGAGAACAUCUAUGCCAUUGGGGACUGUGCAGAUCUCAAAGAGCCCAAGAUGGCCUACCAUGCUGGGCUGCACGCCGACAUCGUGGUGACAAAUAUCAUCAACAGCCUGACACAGAAGCCUCUCAAAACAUACGAGCCAGGGUCACUAACAUUCCUGCUUUCCAUGGGCAGGAACGAUGGUGUGGGCCAGGUGAAUGGUUACUAUGUGGGACGUCUCCUGGUGACCAUUGCCAAGAGCCGGGAUCUGUUUGUCUCCAAGAGCUGGAAGACGAUGGGGCAGACAAUGCCCUCUUGAGAGGGCACCAGGAACAAUCCAGCAAGGGGUACAGCAGCUGGGACAGGGUGAGAGUGCACUUCUAUUGCUUGGACUGACUCAUACUGUCCUCUGCAGCACCUCCUCAAGCCACCUGUCACUGUGACACAUAAAAGGGGUGCCUGCCUUGCUGUGAAGGGGAAGGAGGCACUUCCCAAAUGAGCUGCACAGAAGUUCCCAUGAUAAAAACCAGGGAAGAAAUGUUUCUUUUACUCCCCUCACUGAGAGAGCUCUGGGCAACAAGCUUGGCUUACCUUGAUUUGUAACAAUAAACACUGUGUUU